GAGCUCGCCAUCUUCGAUGAAGAGGUCGGCUACCCGGAAUUUCCUGGAACACCUUGGCAAUUCGACGUCUUUGCGAUCGUCGUUUGCUCCAAGGCCCUCGAGAAUUUCUUUGUAGUCCUGAUCUUCUCUAAGUUCUUCCAACCAGACACUAUCUUUUGUUGCCGCUUUGAGGACCAUGUCCAUCAUCCGUUGAAAGACUGCUGGACUGGUUGAGAGUCCGAACGGCAAUACGGUGAAUUGAUACAAUCCUUCACUUGUUGUAAAUGCACUUUUCUGUUUUGCUUCGUCGGAAAGACGUAUUUGCCAAUAGCUGUUUUGCGAAUUCUUUGCUCCAGGCUUCUUUAUGUCUAGCAUGUCCCUAUCGGGCUCAAAAUGCUUAGGCUUAAUCCACUCGUCAUUCCUCCACUCUCGGUGUGA